AUGGUGCUUCUGCUGCUCAUCUGCCUCUCCAGCGACUACUUCCUCUUCCAGCACGUCUAUCUCUUAGACUACAAGCUCCUCCGCCACCUCGUCGACUCUGCGGCUCAUGGUAGCGUGGCUUUCUGCUGCUGGGCCAUUUUCCUGCUCCAGACCGAGAAAUAUUCCGAGUCCGGGGACUCGACCUUUUCCAGUCUCGGAAUGCUGAAAAAGUGCUUUUUUAACGGCAUCACCGCGUCACUGCUAGACGUCGACCAUUUCAUCGCUGCUGGAGCUUUGAGUGUGGCUGGAGCUACACAUCUCAACGGACGGCCGUUCGGCCACGCAGUCACCUUCAUCAUUGUGGUGGCGUUACUGGUCAAUCGGUGUUCGAGGAGAGUUCAAGCUAGGAAGAGGCGCUACCGGGUGUGCUUCAUCGUGGCGGCGUGGUUCAGCCACCAACUCAGGGAUGGGAUGCGGCGUGGUCUUUGGUUUUGGCCAUUUGGGUUGACCCCGCCAGUGAACUACUUCCUUUAUGUUGCGAUGGAGGAGGGCCUUCCAUUCGUCAUGGCGAGAUGGUGGCGGAAAGCGCCGGCGAUGACCGAGAUGGAGAAACUGGAGCUUGCACUGCAAAAAGCCGACGAAGAAUCGGAGGACGAGUCGGGCGAGGAGGCCAAUAGCAGCGACGAAGAAGAAGGAGCGAGACUGCUUAUGUCCGCGGAUGCGAAAGAGAGGCCUUUGUCGCCUACGAAACCGACGAGUCCGAGAAAAAUGCCCAGCGAGAUUGUCUGA